AUGGCUGACAACUCAUGUCUAGACGCCGUUCUCCCGACGUCGUGGCAACUCUGGGACCUCAUCCUUUCGCAUCUCCACGAUGCCCCAAUCUCGAGAAUGAUCGUCGAAGGGACACACAAGGGAGUGUCGCAGUCAGGCGGCACUUACACGAAUCAUGAUCUCUAUUACGCCAUGGACAAUCCGCAGCGCGCGAAAAUAGCUUAUGUGCGCCUCCAAGACAAUUUAGAUUACAGCAUACUGCAGAACCACAUCUUACCCCCCCUGGACUGUCUCGAGAAUCAGAUCGAAGUUCUGGCAUCUCUGCUUAUCCAGAGGUUUGAAGAGCGUGGACUAUGUCAGAUUUUCCUCCACCAUGAGCCCGCCAGCCUGGCGAUUCAGCACGCCGCCAUUGAUUUUGUCAAAUCGCGGUGCAAAAGUCAAGGAUAUAACGGUGACCUCGAUGUGGCAUUCGAACGGCGGCCCCGGCUGCCUCGCAUUGUACCUUUGCUUGACGGGAUGUCACAAGUGCCUCAGUAUGACGAUGGCGUCUCUCUGCACGUUGGUUGGCAAACUGCAUGGCCGGUAGUAAAGUAUCCUGACGAAGGGUCUGAUCACUGUAGAGACAAGUCGUCGGGUUCCAAUUGGUGGUCCGCGUUAGAUGAGGCGGUUCUGCGCGCUGUUAACAGAGAUGUUUAA